AUGCAUUGCUCGAUUACUGAUCUGGAGCUUGCCAAUGUUGCGUUGCAACUGGCCUUUGACUACUUCAUCUACUCAGUUUUCGGACUGAAAUCGUUUGCAUUCUUGUUUGGAGGUUUUGUCAUUGGCCUCGGUUUGCAUCCCCUAGCUGGACAUUUCGUGUCUGAACACUACGUCUUCAAACCUGGACAGGAGACUUACAGCUACUAUGGGCCUAUUAAUCUCGUAACAUUCAACGUUGGAUAUCAUGUAGAACAUCAUGAUUUUCCAUUUGUUUCUGGAGCAAACUUACCGAAGGUUGGUUAUGAUUGCUUUGAGCUGAUGUUUAUGUUUUAUUAUGUUGCUGUCAUCGCUUAGAU